AUUGGGAGGUUCAUGUGGAUAAAGUACACCUCAUCCCUCCCUUCACAUCAUGUCCCCUGCUCGUUGGCCACACUCACUGCAUGCUUUUUAAAUUCCCAUCCUCCAGACGUCGUUUCCUUUUGCCUGCGGGAUGAUGGACAGCAGGAUACUGGAUCCGCCUCACGCCCAGUUCGGAGGCUCACUCGGCGGGAUGGUGGGCUUCCCGUACCACCUGAGCCACCAUCACGUUUACGAAUUAGCCGGCCAUCAACUUCAGUCCGCGUCCGCGGUCCCCUUCUCCAUAGACGGAUUACUCAAUGGCUCCUGCGCGGCUUCGGUGGGGAAUUCCAACCCGCUGUUGUCCUCGGGCUGCGGCAUGAACGGAGAUACCCAGCAGUACAAGCUGACAGACUCGGGGGACCCGGACAAAGACAGUCCCGGCUGCAAGAGACGGAGAACGCGCACAAAUUUCACCGGUUGGCAGCUGGAGGAAUUAGAAAAGGCUUUUAACGAGAGCCACUAUCCCGACGUGUUCAUGAGGGAGGCCCUGGCUCUGCGAUUGGACUUGAUAGAAUCAAGGGUUCAGGUGUGGUUUCAGAACCGCAGGGCCAAGUGGAGGAAAAAGGAGAACACGAAGAAGGGCCCGGGUCGACCUGCUCACAACGCCCACCCCACCACCUGCAGCGGGGAGCCCAUGGACCCCGACGAGAUCGCCCGGAGAGAGCUGGACCGGAUGGAGAAGAAGAAGCGCAAGCAGGAGCGCCGGCUACUCAAGUCCCAGAACAGGCUCGCCGCCGGGGAUUUAUUUCACACCCCGGGAUCGGACAGCGACAGCGGGGUGUCGCACGUCACCGACAGUGACCACACGGGCCCGCCUUUUGACUCCGUGGUGGGCAAACACGCGCAGUCGAGCUGCGACCAAACGCCUCACCCUCUCCAGACCCACAGCCACAACCAAAGACACUUGGACCGGGACGCUGGCGCAUCCGAGCCGGACUCGCCCGACGCCAGCCACCGGCCAAGCCCGUGCUCCAACAGCGGGCAGAAACUCAACCCCUUCAGCGUCGAGAGCCUCCUGUCGGACUCCAGGCCCAGACGCAACCCCGCGGCCUUACCCCCCUCUCGGCCUUUGAUAGGGAAAGGACACUUCCUGCUCUAUCCCAUCACGCAGCCGCUCGGAUUCAUUGUCCCCCAGACGGCUCUGAAGACCACGGCAGCGGCCCACUGGGACGGCGACGCCGCGGCGGAGAGGAGCCAGUCCGGCGCGCGCUGCGGCGGCGGCGGCUCCGCGGGAUGUAGGAGCGGCUCGCCGGACCGCGCGGACGCGCCGCGGACGGCACCGGUGGGGUCAGAGGACAAGGACAAGACGCGUUCACCGCACACCAGCCCGCCCAGGGCCGCCUUUCCCGCUGGCAAAAGCACUCAGACCUCGGUGAUUUGCAGCGAACACAGUCCGCUGCUCGCUGCACCCGUGGACGCGGACAGACGGGAGCACGCAGAGACCAAGGAGCACCCGGACAACCCUGGGAGGGUCCUCGGGGACACUCCGGCGGAGACAAAGACAGACUCGAGAGAAGAUGUCGACAUGGAAUAAAUCAUCCAGUGGGGGCCGAAUCACGCUGAUGUAGCCUCUGAACGACACCUUUCAUUAGGCCAAAGCUUAACCAGAAACCGCAUCUUUGCAACUAAUCUAGGUUCCCCCACUGCAGUUAUUUUGACAAUGUUCUCUCUCUCUCUCUUUCUCCGAGUGUGUGUGUGUGUGCGUGUGCGCGCGCGCGUGUGUGUAAGAGUGAGGAAUCUCUAGAUAUCCUUUAAUGUGUGAUAACUUGUCGCGGAAAAAAAAUACAACAACAACACGAGUGCAACAAAAUCCUCAAGAGCUGUAAAAAGGUAUUAUACUAUUUAUAUAUGUAAGGUUUUUCGUAAAUAAAUCUAUUGUAUACAAGCACCUCAAACCGUGUGAGACCUUAACUAGCAGUACACGCAGUGCAGGACUACAGUAGCCUACAGUAGGAAGGGCUUUCUUAAGAAAUCUCAUGUUGUACUUUGUAUAUUGCCUUAACAAAUUUAUUCAUCUAUAAGCCCCCACUGAAAUGAGGUUACGAGCCGGAGGCAAAAAGGACCCGCUCGACUCCUGCAGAGUUUUGAUAUGAAAGUAAUUAUUUUCCCGGUGGCUACUGCAGGGGGAUUCAGUUUAUUUUAGCUCAAAGGGGGUUAUAAUACAUUACCGAUUUCUAGUGAUAUGAAAUCACAUAAACUUCCAAGAAUAAUAGAAUUAGCAUGAAAAGGCCUGGGUGUCAAAUUGAAAUAGGAAAAUAAUAGCCCCGGCAGCUGGGAGUGAGUGUGUGUGUGUGUGUGUGUUUGUGCAUAUUGGAUAGGAGAUGGGAAGUCGUGGGGAGGCAUUUUCAUGAGCUUUUU